AGAAUUAAAAGAACUUUAAAAUGAUAAUUUUUGUAAGAAAUGGAGAAAGAGAUUUUAAAUAUGAUGGAUUAACUUAAAUGGGAUCUUAAUAAGCAUUAAAAAGGGCAAAAGAGAUUAAGACUUUAAUUAAAGAUUAUUGCAAGGAGAUUGAAGUUGAAGAUUCUGAUAUUAAUUUAACAAUUUGUUCAUCUCCUUUCAGAAAAUGUUUAGAAACUGCAGAUAUUAUAAAAACUAAUAUAGUCUCAAAAUAAUUAAAGUUUAAGAAAAAAAAUGAUAAAAUAUUCACAUAAUAUGAAUUAGGGGAUUAUUAACAUCCAAACAUAUGUUCAAAGGAAGAAAUAAAUUUAGAUUAUGCUAACACUUAUCUGAAAUCUGUGACAAAGGAAAAUUUAAUUGAUCCAAAAUUGUUACCUUAAAAUAACUAUAAAAAAGAAUCACUCGAAUAAGUAGAAGAAAGAAUAGCAUCAUUUAUUUACCAAGCCAUACAUAAAUUAUAAGAGAACAAAGAUAAUACCAAGUAGAUAUAUAUAAUAGUCACACAUAAAUUUGCUAUUGAAAUAUUAGUUGAUAUUUUUGAAGGAAGUAGGGAAAUUUCUGAAUCAGGACUUAUUGCGAUUAAAUAUUAAUAUGAUAAAACUUUUAAAAUAAGUUUUGUCGGAAAAGUAUUUCGCUCUACUGAAAAGAAAUACAUAGAUGAUGAAUAAUAGUUUGAAGAUUAUUAACAAUAUUCGUCUGGAGAUGAAAAGUAAGAAGAGCAAGAAGAACAAGAAGAACAAUAAAAUGAAGAAAACUUUUGAUUUGUGUUUUUAUCUUUAUAUGAAAUUUAAAAUAAAAAUAUUAG